CCCGCCGGAACCACCCGCUGCUACCAAAGCUGCUCUGUUCUCUCCUCUCAUCACCCUCUGUCUCCGCGACACGACGACACCAGAAGCGAAACAGAGCAGGAGAAAAACCCGGAGACGCCUCCUCGACCGACCGACUUCAUCUCGCUCACCAUGCUGCGAGCGGCGGGGAACAGGCUGCUGAUCGGCGCGGCGGGGACCCGCCCGUUCGCCGGCGCCGGAGGUUCCUCCUCCUCCUCCGCGGCGGCUGCCGCGGGAACGAGGGGCUACCACGAGCGGGUGGUGGACCACUACAGCAACCCGCGCAACGUGGGGGCGUUCGACAAGGAGGACGCGGACGUCGGCACGGGCCUCGUCGGCGCGCCGGCGUGCGGGGAUGUCAUGAAGAUGCAGAUCCGCGUCGACCAGGCCUCCGGCACCAUCGUCGACGCAUGCUUCAAGACCUUCGGCUGCGGCUCCGCCAUCGCAUCAUCCUCGGUCGCCACUGAGUGGGUGAAGGGAAAGCAGAUGGACGAAGUGAUAGCGAUCAAGAACACAGAGAUCGCCAAGCAUCUGUCGCUGCCACCGGUGAAGCUCCACUGCAGCAUGCUCGCCGAGGACGCCAUCAAGGCCGCCGUGAAGGACUACGAGGCCAAGAAGGCAAAACCGGCGAAUGCAGAUGAGUAGGCGACGUACGUGCAGCUCGUGCCAUCUGAAACCCGGACUAGCUACAAUAAAAAUCCAGAAGCUACAUAGCUCACUCUGACAGUCUGACGGAUGAAUAUCAUCAGACGCAUGUGGAGCAACAUAGCAUGUACAUAUUAUAAACUGCAUAAACAGAGUGAUGUUUGUGAUGAUCCCUGGUGCUGAUAAUGUUUUUCUUCAUCCCGUCGGAAUAACGAGCAAUAAGGAUUUUACGGUGUA